UCAAAAUGAAUAAGAAAACAUCGAAACAAUAGAGGAAAGGAAAAUUAUAUAUAUUAAUUUCCUUGUUAUUCACAACACUCAGCAGUCUCUAACGAUUAUGUGAUUUUAUUACAUGUGUUAUAAUGGCAAUAAACUCAGGGAGCUGCGAUAGCUUAAACAGAAAAAUGGAACCCAAACUUAAAUAUUAUCGAAUGGGUAAUGACGUUCAAAAUAUACUCCUGAAAGACGCUGUAAGUUGUAUUUGCGUUCAUACGAAGUUUAUUUGCCUCGGAACUCAGUGGGGAGUAAUCCACUUACUAGAUCACGAAGGUAAUACAGUACCUAUAUCUCAAGACAACAAUCAAAAAGAUCUGCAAGCUCAUGCUAUCGCAGUGAACAAAAUAUCAGUGGACGUGAAUGGAGACUACAUCGCCAGCUGCUCAGACGACGGCAAAGUGCUGGUGUAUGGUCUAUACACUGAUGACAACACUCAUAAUUUAACUUUGGGAAGAGUUGUGAAGUCUGUUGCUUUGGAUCCUUGUUAUUUUAAAUCUGGUUCAGGAAGGAGAUUUCUUACAGGUGACAACAAGUUGACACUGUAUGAGAAGACAUUCCUAAACCGCCUACGAAGCACAGUUCUAUGUGAGUGUGAGGGCUAUGUGCAAGCAAUAGCAUGGCAUGAUCGUUUCGUAGCCUGGGCCAGCGAGGUUGGCGUGCGAGUGUACGACCUCGUCGCGAGAUGUUCUUUAGGUCUCAUCCAAUGGGAGAAAAAUCCCAACCGAUCCAUUGAAGAUUUCCGCUGUAAUCUUCUUUGGUCGGCCCCUAAAACUCUAAUGAUUGGAUGGGUUGAUACGAUUCGAAUAUGUGUUAUACGUAAGAGAAGUCAAAUCGAACUACAAACGCGCGAUGUUACGGAAUACCUCAUAGACCCAGUACACACCUUUCAAACUGAUUCCUACAUCAGUGGUUUAGGGCCACUCGAUGAUCAACUUGUAAUCCUCGGUGUUCCGAAAGAGAAUGAUCCUGAAACUGAAAAAUCUCAAAGACCAGUGCUCUCAGUAGCUGAAUACAAAGACUGCGAGUUCUGUGAGAUCGCUAGUGAUAGUCUCACCAUUCGGGGCUACGAGGAAUAUAAUUGUAAUGAUUAUUAUUUGGAUAUGCUUAUUGAAGAGAACAGAUUUUUCAUAGUAUCUCCUAAAGACAUAGUUAUCGCAAGUCCAUACGACAUUGACGAUAGAGUCAACUGGUUAACCGAGAAUGGGAAGUUUGAAAAGGCGAUGUCUGUUCUUGAAGAAGUUGGUGGCAAAACAUCGAAACAUUCCGUUGUCACAGUUGGCGUCCAAUAUUUAGAUCAUUUAAUAUCAGAACAUCUAUUCGAAGAGGCGGCAAUUCUGUGUGCGAGGAUAUGUAAAAAUGAUAAAGUUUUAUGGGAAAAUCAGAUUCUGAAAUUCGCCGAGGUCAAUCAAUUGCGCGCUAUCAGUUCCUACGUUCCUAGAAUCCCAGAACAAGCUUUAAGUUCUCAUAUAUAUGAACUUAUUUUCUACGAAUACCUUAAAGUUGACCCAAACGGGUUCCUAAAACUGGUACAGGAGUGGAACCCUGCUUUAUAUAAGACAGGUAUAAUUGUCAAGGAAGUUUUAGAACACUUAUUGACAACUGAGGUUGACAAAAAUAUAUAUUUAGAGGCCUUAGCGUUGCUGUAUUGCUACCAAAAGAAGUACGAUAAAGCUCUGACUACGUACUUAAAAUUACAGCACAAAGACGUGUUUACAUUAAUCACGAAACAUAACAUGUAUUCGGUGAUAUAUGACAAAAUAUUUGAUCUGAUGAACCUUGACUGUGAUAAAGCAAUAUCUGUACUGUUGCAAGAUAAGACCAAAGUUCCUUAUGAAGUCGUCGAAAAACAACUCGAAAAUAACGAUGAAUACUUAUUUAAAUACCUCGAUGCCUAUAGCAAAGUGGAACCGAAUGGACGAUACCAUGGCAAACUUGUUACACUUUACGCAAAAUAUGCUCGCAAUAAACUAUUACCCUUCCUGAAAUGUAGCGAUAACUAUCCCAUACAAGAAGCUCUAGAUGUAUGCCAAAACAACAAAUUUUACCCUGAAAUGGUUUUCCUACUCGGUCGCAUUGGUAACACCAGAGAAGCUUUACAAAUUAUCAUAGAAAAACUGAAUGAUAUUAACCAAGCCAUUAACUUCUGCCAAGAACACAAUGAUAAAGAACUGUGGACAGAUCUCAUCAUGCAUACAGUUGGCAAGCCGGAAUGUGUUACUUUGCUUCUUAAGAGAAUAGGAAAUUACGUGGAUCCGAGAAUGCUCAUAGAAAAUAUACAAUCUGGAUGCGAAAUAAAAGAUUUAAAGGAUUCGCUGGCGAAAAUGAUGUGCGAUUACCAUUUACAGAUGUCUGUGCAAGAAGCUUGCAAAGUUAUCACUCUAAGAAAUUACUUCGACUUGCACGAGAAACUGAUCAUCAAUCAGCAAAGAGGAAUAUCAGUUACGGAUGAAUUUCUGUGCAGUGUGUGCCAAGGACGCAUUAUAAUAAGAGAUCUCUCCAACGCAUCGGACUUAAUAGUGUACAAUUGCCGCCAUUCGUUUCACAUAGAGUGCCUGCCAGAUGGAGUGGAGUGCAAUCAUUGUAGUGUUUGUAGUGCCGUUAAAAUGUGACCCGCUCAAAUGUAACCAAUAGAUAGGACAGUGUAUAUUAAAUUUAAUAGUAUUCAUAUAAAUUGUGUACCUUAUCAUGAUAAUGUCAAUGUUAAUCAUAAAAUUUAGUUUAUUUAUAUAAAUAAUGUUAUCACAUAAUAAUAAUUAUGGUGCUUUUAUAAUGAGGUUGCGUGAAUAUUUUUCCUCGUGUAACUGAAUUGCAUUAACAUUCAUUAAAAUCUACAGAUUGGUAAAAUGCUAACCGAAAAUACCUAUAA